AUGUCUUCCACUCCCACUCCAUCAUUCGUCGCCGCCACCAAAGCUCUCGACACGCCCGAGCUGCUCGAGCGCAUCCUCCUCCAUCUCCCUACCAAAUCGCUCUACGGAGUCACGCGCGUCAGCAAGUUCUGGAAAGCCUCGAUGGCCGCCUCCCCCGCUCUCAACGCCCGCCUUCACCGCCCACUCGAGGAGGAGGAGAUGUGGAUCAUCUCCGACGAGGACAAGACAUUGACGCGUCUCGAGGGCUAUCAGCUCUUCAAAUCCGGCUCCAGCACCAUGGCGCCUGCCCUCCUGAACGAAAUUCUCUUCGAGCCACAGCCCACGGGAAACAUCUUCGCCAGUUAUAACCAUCCCUUCAUGCAAGCGAAGCUCAAUAUCGACCUGACAAAGGUGACGAAGGAGUCCACGUGUCUGGAGCUUCCGGUUUCGUGGGGUCCAGCGAGGCUCAUGGGGCUACAUAUUCGGGCAACGAAGGACGGCUUGGUCCACGAGAACUUUGGUGUGAGGUGUUGGGUGUACGACACGCUGUUGAUGCGGCAAAUUUGGGAGUAUACGACCGCCGAGGGAUUGAAUGAGCAUGCGAUCGAAGUCAAAUGGAUGAUCCAGCCCGUGGUGUCGGAGAGUCUGUUGGAAGCAGUGAGGAGAACAGGAGUAUGGCACUAUCCCAUCAUUGCCAAGAAGGAGGGAAAGGACAUUUUGGAGAAGAUUGUGGAGUUUCUUCCACUGGAGGACAAGAAGAGGAUGAAGCAGGUAUGCAAGUGCUUCCGCGAGUACAUUGUGCUGGAGGGGAACGAGGGUGGAGAUGAGACGUUGUCGGAGGCUCCCGAGGAGACAGAAAGAGAGGGCGAGGACCUGGAGUUGGUGGAGUGA